AUGGGAAUCUCCUGCGCGCGCAGGGAGUAUGGUAUCAAGUAUCAAGCGCGCGCCAUCACGGAGCUCUUCGACCCCAUCAAGUCCCACGCCGCGGCGCUCUUCAGUCAGCCGGGGGCCUCGGAGUUUUUCGGAGGUGGGAUGGCCACGCACCCGGCCUUUGUGGGCGGCAUCGCGCUGCCGGUCUUGGACCCGGAGAUCGAAACCUCGCUGGUGUCCAUCAUCAUCCACUACACCAUGGUCAAGAAGGAUGGCGAGACCCCUCGGAUCUCGGGGGGUGGGGAUGAUGCCGAGCACCCUGCGGUGACCGGGGUCUUCACCACCCACUACUUCGAGUAUCAGGAGCUACUGAAGAAGGCCUACGCGGACCGAGCGGCAGCUGAAGUAGGCCGCGCGGCCGCCAAGAGUUCCCUCUACAACUUCCAGAAUGAGCUCACGGCCUUCCAGCGCGCCUGUCUCAAGGAAGACCGGGGAGGGCACACGGAGGAUCGAGAGAAGGAUGUCCAUGCUGGCUGCAUCCCCAACUUCAUCAGCCAUUUCGUCACAGAGGUCCUGGAAGCAGACGAAGCCAAAGACUUCAAGAUGCUGCUUGUGUCCUGCUUCAAGUCGUUGCUGGCUUCCCCCAUCGUGAGGGGCGUGGAAGAGAGCGAGCCGAAGAUCGCCUUGCCGCUGGCCUCGCUGUUGUUGGGCAACAUCUUCGCCAGCGUCCUGGAAGCCGUGCAGACCCCGGCCUUCAGCCUCGUCGUGCUCAAGAUCCGCAAGCAAGUCUUCGACAAGCACAUGAAGAGGGCCAAGGGCAAGACGGACAACGACUACGAUCCCGUGGACAUCGCGGAGCAGAUCUUCGAGCGGGUCAUGUUCAACAUCCAGGCCUUGGCCAAGCUCUUCAAGCGCGCCGUGCACAAGCACGUGUUUCUGGCCCAGUUCCAGCACAAGGGCAAGGGUGGGACGGAGCAAGUCAUGAAGGAAGAGCCCGAGUCCGGCGCCCAGGUCAAGGCAAAUGUGCGAGGACUUCACUUGUCACAUUCUGCACACGGCGUGCAGCUCUCAGCGCGGAAGUCCAUCUUGCACAACUGGGCGGAGCCCAAGUGA